AUGGGUUUUUAUGCGCGUGCCAGGGAUCGAACCGGAGACCUCAAGUAUAACAAACGACUGACUAACCACUCGGCCGGCUCGAACGAUUAUAAAUAUCGAGACCAUGAUUCCUGUUCGACACACCACAACCGUUUCGAUCACCUCACCCCUCGACACCUUUCUUCUUCCUCACCUCGCCGGAAACCACACCCACUGCUCACCGGAGAACCUCCGCACCGCCACCACAUCGCCGGAACUCGCCGCCGUCAACCACCGCCGGUCGCCGGAGCCGGAGAAGACGACCGGGUAAAUCUCUUGUGCAACGACACUUGGAACAAUCCUCAUAUUCUCUUUCCAAGAAAUACGCAACGCACUCCAAGGUUGAAUGAUCAAGAAAACAAGAAUCAAGCUAGGAUGGACAUUAGAAACCCACUUAGCAUUUUUGAUUAUUGUUGAAUGUUAUGUUUAUUUAUUUGGAACCAUGUACCCUACUUUAGAAUUUAAUUAAAUGAUUUAAUUCA